AUGUCUGGGGCAUCCGGCCCACAGCUGCACAUCAAUGGCGAUAGAACCAGUGGGCAGGAUGUGCGUACCCAGAAUACCACAGCCGUCCUGGCAGUGGCAAAUAUCCUCAAGUCCAGCCUGGGACCGGUCGGCCUAGACAAGAUGCUGGUGGACGACAUCGGUGAUGUCACCAUUUCCAAUGAUGGAGCCACCAUCCUCAAGCUGCUGGAGGUGGAGCACCCCGCUGCCAAGAUCCUGGUGGACCUGGCAGAUCUGCAGGAUCAGGAGGUGGGGGAUGGGACCACCUCGGUGGUCAUCUUCGCCUCGGAGCUGCUCAAGCGCGGGAACGACCUCGUCCGCUCCAAGAUCCACCCCACCUCCAUCCUGAGCGGCUUCCGCCUGGCAAUGCGAGAGGCAUGCAAGUAUGUGGAGGAAAACCUGGCGAUCAGCACGGACACGCUCGGCAAGGACACCCUCCUGAACGCCGCUCGUACGGCAAUGAGCAGCAAGAUUGUGGGAUCUGAGGCAGACUUCUUUGGCAACAUUGUCGUGGAGGCAGUGACGAGCGUGAAGACGACGAGCGAGCAGGGGAAGACAAAGUACCCCGUGAGCGCCAUCAACAUCCUGAAGGCCCAUGGCAAGAGCCUGAAGGACAGCCAGCUCCUAGACGGGUAUGCGCUGAACCUAGGCAGGGCCGCACAGGGCAUGCCCAAGCGCGUGGAGGGUGCCCGCAUCGCCUGCCUGGACAUGAACCUGCAGAAGGCGCGCAUGCACAUGGGAGUGCAGGUGUUGGUGUCCGACCCCGCCGAGCUGGAGAAGAUCCGGGAGCGCGAGAGCGACAUCACGCGCGAGCGCAUCCAGAAGAUCAUCGACGCAGGCGCCAACGUGAUCCUGACUACCAAGGGCAUCGACGACAUGUCCCUCAAGUACUUUGUGGAGGCGGGCGCCAUUGCCUGCCGCCGUGUGCCCAAGGAGGACCUCAAGCGGGUGGCCCGGGCGACGGGGGCCAGCAUCGUGAUGACCCUGGCAGACAUGGAGGGGCAGGAGUCGUUCGACGCAGUCAACCUGGGCAGCGCUGAGGAGGUGGCGGAGGAGACGGUGUCGGACAACGACGUGAUCAUGGUGCGCCGGCCGCGCAACACGCGCGCAGUGACGGUGCUGCUGCGCGGCGCCAAUGACUACCUGCUGGACGAGGUGGACCGCUCCCUGCACGACGCCUUCUGCAUCGUCAAGCGGGUGCUGGAGAGCGGGCGGGUGGUCCCCGGCGGCGGCGCUGUGGAGGCCGCGCUGAACGUGUACCUGGAGAACUUUGCCACCACGCUGGGCAGCCGGGAGCAGCUGGCCAUCGCCGAAUUUGCCGACGCGCUGCUCAUCAUCCCCAAGACCCUGGCCGUGAACGCGGCCAAGGACGCCACCGAGCUGGUGGCCAAGCUGCGGGCCUACCACUUCACCGCGCAGAAGCACCUGGCAAAGUUCGGGCUGGACCUGAUCGAGGGCACGGUGCGGGACAACGUGGAUGCGGGCGUGCUGGAGCCGGCGCUCAGCAAGCUCAAGAUCAUCCAGUUUGCCACGGAGGCUGCCAUCACCAUCCUGCGCAUCGACGACCUCAUCCGGCUCGCGCCAGAACCCGAGGAGGGCGAGGAGUAG